AAAAAAAAAUCCAAGAUGGCUUCAAGAGCUGUAGCAUCAAUUGCCUUGCUUCUUUCCCUUAACGUUCUUUUCUUCAAUAUGGUAAGCGCUGCCACUUGCCCUAUUGACGCCCUAAAGCUGAAGGCAUGUGCCGAUGUGUUGGGGAUUAUUAAAAUCCCACCAAAUCAACAGUGCUGCAGCCUUCUUGGUAAUCUUGUUGCUCUUGAAGCUGGUGCUUGCCUUUGCACUGCUAUUAAAGCUAACGUGUUGGGCUUAAACCUAAAUGUUCCACUUGACUUGAGCUUGUACCUCAACAGAUGCGGGAAGAAGGUUCCACAAGGAUUCAAGUGUCCAUAGAUUGAUGCUCCACUACUAUUUCAUUCAGUUUCUUUCUCCUCCUAAUUAUGGCGUGUGUUUUUGCUUGUUUUGGGAUUUUUCUUGGGUAAAUCAAUAAUUUCUUGCUGUUACGUACUCGUUGCAGAGAAAGUUUUAUUGACUUCAUUUUUCAUUGUAAUGUGUAUUCUUUUGGCCAAUUACGGUUAUUGUUUUAAUUCGAAAUUUUCAAGUAAUAAUAUGAUGUUCUAAGAGAAUAUGCAUGG